AUGGAUAUUAAUAUAGAAAAUUUAAUUAAAGUGAUAAGAAAGCAACGUGUUUUAUACGAUAACAAUCAUAAGGACUAUUAUGAUAGACCCAAGAAGAGGCAAGUGUGGGAUCAUGUGUGUUCUCUAUUGCUUUCACGUUGGGAUACGUUUGAUGAUGGACGGAAAUUAAUUUAUUGUAAGGAGGUCCAGAAAAAAUGGCAAUCAUUAAGAGACUGCUUCAGAAGAGAACUGAUAAUUCAGAAGACACAAUCGAGCAGCAAUGGAAAGAAGAAGUACAAAUAUUUUGAUGCGCUUGAGUUCUUGACACCAUACACCCAUAGCAUAAUUAAUGAAACAUCAGCAUCUAGCCAUGAUGAAGUCUCUUUCCUAAUAACAGACCUAGAAUCAAACUCCAAAGAUCCUCUAAGUGCAUCUUUUGCAGAAGAAUCCCGGGAAGAGAGUGAAGAAGAAUUUGCUACUAGUAGUAGAAGAUUUAUGGACGAUGACGAGGCAUUUCUUUAUUCUCUUUUGCCUAGUUUCAAGGAGUACGGUAUGGAACAGAAGUAUCUUCUGAGGAUAGAAUUAAUGAAAACAAUUUUAAAGUUCAAACAGUCUCAAAAUAACUUUGGUGUGGUUAAAGAAGAAGAAAAUACAGAAGACGAUUAUUAUUCAUAG